AUUCACGAUGGGCGUCGACGAACCCGAUGUACAUGUACACAUAUGCGCAAGUGGGGAGAAGCCGCGACCCAGUGCUCCGACUUUAGACUUGUUCGUUCGCUUUUCUGCCUCUCUGAACCGAAGCAGAAUGCCUGAAUUGCCGACAGCAGCGCUAUGGAUGCAAGCUGAGCUGCAAUGUAGUCAGCCAAACUACACAAAAUAAUCGACAUUAGCGCUGUUGACAGCAAGCUGAGCUGCAAUAUGUGGUAAACCAAAAUGGUCGACAAUGGCGUUGCCGAUGCAAGCUGAAAGGCAUUAUUUUCACUGUAAAAUAGGGCUCCUCCCUCGUUGUCGCCAUUUGCCCUCAGUCGAAACUGCCUUUUUUUGACAGCUUUUGGUACCCCGCUCGCUGUGCGUGACAUCAAUCUCUAGGCUCUUUUGAUCCAACACCCAACACCAUGUCUAUCACUCACGUCGUCCUCUUAGGGUUCAAGCAAGGCAUCGCACCAGAGGUUGUGAACAAAGCAUGUGAGAGCUUCCUCGCGCUGAAAGACGCCUGCGUCCUCCCGGGCACGACGACCCCGUACAUUCUCUCCCUCAAGGGAGGCAAAGAUAACUCGCUCGAAGGUCUCCAGCGCGGCGUUACUCAUGGCUUUGUCGUUGAGUUUGCCUCGCCCGUGGACAGAGAGUAUUAUGUGAACACAGACCCUGCGCACCAGGCCUUCAAGGCCAUCAUUGGCGAAUUGGUGGAGGAGUUGAAGACAGUUGUCGUCGACUUUUCAGCCGGUAUCUUCAAUUAGCUUCUAGAAAUGUCUUGAUGCAACACUGAACUCUGUAGCUAUGUAGCUUUCAGGUCCCGGCAUGCAAACACCUUUCACGUGGGCCAGGCAAUCCGUGCGAGGGCAAUUGGACGGGCUAGAUGCGAUGCCCACCUCGGAUGCCCAGAGACGCUAUAGUCAAAAUUCAGCACAUUCGCCCCUCUUCCACCCCUGAAUCUCAGUGAUGUAUCCACUUGCAAUCCACCCCACGGGAAAGGGUAAGCGGCUGGCCGUUCCUCGACA